AGCCAGAAUUUAUCUCCUCCGUAUCCCUCGGAACUUCACCUUUUGUCCCUUUGAAUCUCGUAAAGUAAAAGAAAAACUCUUUUUCGUGCUCUUUUUCCACUCGAUCAGACUCAUAAUACUCUUCUUCCAUCGCAUCAAAGGGAAAAUUUUUGCAACAAGGAGCAAAAGCUUGUGAGAAGAUCUUGACAUGGCGGGGGAACAGUUGCAAGUGCUUAAUGCACUUGAUAUUGCCAAGACACAGUGGUAUCACUUCACUGCAAUUGUGAUCGCUGGCAUGGGGUUUUUUACUGAUGCUUAUGAUCUCUUUUGCAUUUCCCUUGUCACAAAAUUGCUUGGCCGCAUAUAUUACUAUAAGGAAGACUCGUCAACGCCCGGCUCUCUCCCUGAAAAUGUUUCUUCAGCCGUUACUGGUGUUGCCUUCUGUGGUACUCUUACGGGCCAGCUUUUCUUUGGUUGGCUUGGUGACAAAAUGGGCAGAAAGCGUGUCUAUGGCAUGACCCUUAUGCUCAUGGUCGUUUGUUCAGUCGCUUCUGGUCUCUCCUUUGGUAGUAGUCCAAAAGGAGUUAUGGCUACACUUUGCUUCUUUCGAUUUUGGUUGGGAUUUGGCAUUGGUGGUGACUAUCCAUUGUCUGCAACAAUUAUGUCUGAGUAUGCCAACAAAAAGACUCGCGGUGCUUUCAUUGCUGCUGUUUUUGCCAUGCAGGGUUUUGGGAUCUUGGCUGGUGGAAUGGUUGCUAUAAUUGUUUCAGCUGCUUUUAAGGCCAAAUACCCUGCCCCAACUUAUGCUGCUGAUCAUAUUCGAUCAACUGGUCCUGAAGCUGAUUAUGUUUGGCGUAUAAUUCUGAUGUUUGGUGCUGUUCCAGCUUUGCUUACUUACUACUGGCGUAUGAAGAUGCCUGAGACUGCUCGUUACACUGCCUUGGUAGCUAAAAAUGCAAAACAGGCUGCAGCUGAUAUGUCAAAAGUUCUUCAAGUUGAACUUGACGCAGAACAGGAGAAAGUUGAGCAAAUUUCUAAAGAGAAAGAAUUUGGUUUGUUCAGCUCUCAGUUUGUUAAACGCCAUGGACUCCACUUGCUUGGAACAACGACCACAUGGUUCUUGUUGGACAUUGCCUUCUACAGUCAAAAUCUAUUUCAAAAAGACAUUUUCAGUGCCAUUGGCUGGAUUCCUAAGGCUAGUACCAUGAGUGCUCUUGAAGAAGUUCAUAAAAUUGCUAGAGCACAAACCCUCAUAGCUCUUUGCAGCACUGUGCCUGGUUAUUGGUUCACUGUGGCGCUCAUUGAUAAGAUUGGAAGAUUUGCAAUUCAAUUGAUGGGCUUCUUCUUCAUGACAGUCUUCAUGUUUGCCCUUGCCAUUCCUUAUCAUCACUGGACUCUACCAGAAAAUAGAAUUGGGUUUGUUGUGAUGUAUUCAUUCACCUUCUUCUUCGCAAAUUUCGGUCCGAAUGCCACCACAUUUGUUGUUCCUGCAGAGAUAUUUCCAGCCAGGUUAAGGUCAACCUGCCAUGGAAUAUCAGCUGCAUCUGGAAAAGCAGGUGCCAUAGUGGGUUCAUUUGGGUUCUUAUACAUAGCAAACAGUGGAGUUAAAAAAGCCCUGAUAAUUCUUGCAGUGGUUAAUCUUUUAGGCAUGGUUUUUACCUUCUUGGUUCCUGAAUCUAAAGGAAAAUCAUUGGAAGAAAUGUCAGGUGAAGCUGAAGCAGAAAAUGAGACAGGAAGAACUACUCAAGUUUAAUUCAUCAGGCCUUGUAAUACAAAAUCCUAGUAUAAUUUUCCAGCCUCCUGGAAAUCUCUUUGGGAGGAUUGCCUCACAAUACUCUAAAACUUUUGUGCUUUUUCAUAUUAAAGUUGAAUUAGUAAAAUAGCGUAUAAAUUUUAGUUUUAUGGUUUCUUGUCCAUUGUGGUUCUUUCUUUAUCAUGCCAGGCAAUUGAAAGGGCACAUAAAUUAGAAGA